AUGUCCCAACCUUAUAGAAUUCAGGACAGCAGAAUCGGUAUGCGAAUUCAGCCACAAAGCAUACAAGACAACAACACUAGAGUGGCACGAAAUCGUUUCAGUCGUAGAGGCGGAGGUGAUAGAAUUUCACGUAAAAAUUCGGGUCGGAGCGACGUAAUUAGCUUCAGUGUUGAAGAAGCAGGCGAAACGUCGAUUAAUAGUAAUGAAUCAAUACCUACGGUAAUUGAGUCAAGUGACAAUGAAUCAACACCUACGGUGAUUGAGUCAAGUGACAAUGAAUCAACACCUACGGUAAUUGAGUCAAGUGACAAUGAAUCGACACCUACGGUAAUUGAGUCAAGUGACAGUGAAUCAACACCUAUGGUGAUUGAGUUAAGUGACAGUGAACAGGAACAAAUUCAACCUGAAAAUCCCAAUAAUCCAUCUUCUCAAAAUGUCACCCACAAUGCGAUACAACGUGUCUAUAUUGAUCUCGUGGAUGACAAUGAAGAGAACGAGGAAAAUGAGGAACAAAUUGAAAUAAUAUACAUUUCAGAUGAGGAGGUUGAAGUAAUUGAACUGAGUGACAGUGAGGAGCAAGUUCAACCUGAAAAUUCCAAUAACUCACCUUCUCAAAAUGUCACCCAGAAUGCGAUACAACGUAUCUAUAUUGAUCUCGUGGAUGACGAUGAAGAGGACGAGGAAAAUGAGGGACAAACUGAAAUAAUAUACAUUUCAGAUGAGGAGGAGCCCGAUUAUGAUAAUGAGGAGGAGCUCGAUAUAGAGCCAAGUAUCGUGGCAAAUCAAGCAGAAAUUCGCCGAAGAAUUCAGUUAUACGGCCAGAUACGUCCUCAAACUGAAGAAGAACGUUCACCAUCACCACGUGAAGGAUUCACCACAGAUUUAGAUAAAGAUACGAUUGUGAUUUGCUCUAGGUGCAAUCAUGGAAUGGAGAAUGGGAUGUGCGCAUUAUACUGUGGACAUGUGGUUUGUGUAGACUGUGGAACAUUAUACGAAGAAGAUAUGAUUUCUUUCUGUCGAGUAUGCAAAGAAUAUACUGCGAAAGACGAAGUUACUAGACUUUUCUUUUGA